GGCGUGGUUGAGAAAGGAGGCCAGACUGACAUAUAAGGGAAACAUUUAUUUGUCAUGAAUGUUGUUUUUCACAGGGAGGAGGGUCAAGAGGGAGAGGAGGGAGCUGCCGACCCCCAGCCCCCCACCAGAGAGAGAGACAGGUCCCACAGCAAGACCAAGAAGGCCCGCAGGGAGCGUCGCCAUGCUGACCGGGGGACAGAGACCACAUCAACGGCUACAACAGUCCGACUGCAGUCACAGACAGGGGCGGAGCCACAGAGCAAGCAGGUGUUGGAGCCGGUGGCAGGCCCGUCAGAGCCAGGGUCAGAAUCUGUGGGCGGCAGUGAGUCCGCAGGUUCACCCAGGCAGCGGCGCUCCAUCAUCCGGGACCGCGGACCGCUGUACGACGACCCAUCGCUGCCUGAAGGCUGGACUCGCAAACUCAAACAAAGAAAGUCUGGACGUUCUGCGGGGAAGUUUGAUGUCUAUCUGAUCAACUCGGAAGGGAAGGCAUUUCGUUCCAAGGUGGAACUUAUUGCCUACUUCCAGAAGGUCGGCGACACAACCACUGACCCCAACGAUUUUGAUUUCACUGUCACUGGACGUGGAAGCCCCUCCCGGCGUGAGAAGCGUCCCCCCAAAAAAACGAAGGUGGUGAAACCAUCUGGACGAGGCCGUGGGCGACCCAAAGGCAGUGGGAAGAUGCGGCAAGCUACAGAGGGCGUGGCCAUGAAGCGCGUGGUUGAGAAAACUCCGGGCAAACUGCUGGUCAAGAUGCCCUUCAGCAAGGCAGAGUCCUCCACUGGCACCACCUCCACUGCCUCAAAGAUGGUGUCUCCUGCCCUGGUGCCCAAGUCCCGUCCCGGGAGGAAAAGGAAAUCAGAACAGGAACUUCCGCCCCCGCCACAAACUGCCCCCAAGAAACGGGGCAGGAAACCAGCCUCGACUUCAGCGGCAUCAUCAGUUGCCACAGCAUCCACCUCCUCGGCAUCAGCCUCUGGUAGCUCAACACCUGGGAGCUACACUGCCGCUGCCAUCUUAGCGGCUGAGGCCAAACGGAGAGCAGCCAAGGAGUCUUCCACCAAACCUGUUGUCCAGGAAACAGCUCUGCCAAUCAAAAAACGCAAAACAAGAGAGACUGUGGAGGAGAGGGAGAGUGUUCAGACUCCAGCUGCUACGACAGCUGAGACUGGAAGGAGGGCCACAGCAGAGGGGGAAGAAGCUGUUGGGGAGGGGACCCCAACUUCAGAGCCUCAGGCUACCCAAUCUGAGCAGAGCCAAUCACAAUCACAGAAGCAGCCCACUGCUUUAGAAGAAAGCCAAUCACAUGGACACAAGACACAUAAAGGAAGGAAGCACAAGGAGAAAACGGGAAUAACAGCUGGUGAUGGAGGAGGCAGAGGAGAGGAAGUGGGUGAAGAUGUAGGCGAUAAGGGAGUAGAGGAAGGAGGAAGGAGUAGCAGCAGCAGCAGUAGCAUUAGUCCAUCAAAAAGCCACAAAAGGAAGGACCGGCCACCUCACAAACACCACCAUCAUCAUCACCACCACCAUCAUCAUCAUCGCCACCAACAGUCCUCUGCCUCCACAUUGGAUCAGCCUCCUCCUCCUGUUCCUCCUCCUCCAGCCUCUGGACACCCAGCACCCUCCAGCCAGUCCAGGCCUGAAGUUGAGUCCCAGACUGUACCUCUGAUCACCACCCAACAAACGCUGCACACCCAGCAAGCUCCUUCCAGACCACAGUCCAAGUCUGUGCCUCAGUCCCUGCCUGAACCUCGGCAUCCUCCCCCUCAACCACGCCAUCAAGGUCAACCCCGUCCCCAACACCAUCCACAGAUCCAGUCUCCCAGUCAGCCCCAAGCCGCACCUCGAUAUCCAGCACCCCAGUCUUCUCCAACCAGGCAUGUCCUGCCCCAGCCACGACCCCAGCAACCCCCGUCCCAAACCCACGGUCAGGCCCAGGCGUCCCCCCAAAAAGCCCAGACACAGCCUGUCCAGUCCCAAGGCCAGCACCAAACCCAGCUUCAGGCUCAGCAUGCUCCACCUCAGCCACACCCUCCUCAGUCCCCAUCCAUUCUGCAUGUUCAUCCUCCCCAAACAAGGCAUCCGCAUCCACAAACCCAGUCCUCCACAGCACUCCAACCUCAAACCCUGCCCAGGCACCCAUCUCAACCUCAAAGCCAGCUCAAACAGCAAUCUCAAUCCCAGCCCCGGCAGUCACUGCAGCCUCAACUCCAACCCCAGGCCAGGACCCCAACCCAACUUCAGACUCAAUCCCAGUCCAGAACCCUAGCCCAAACUCAGCCUCAACUGCAGCCCAGAACCCCUGCCCAAAUGCAGCCUCAAACCCAGCCCAGAUCUCCAACCCAAACUCAGCCUCAACUGCAGUCCAGGACCUCAGCCCAAAGUCAGCCCCAACAGCAGUCCAGGACCUCAGCCCAAAGUCAGCCUCAACAGCAGUCCAGGACCCCAGCCCAAUCUCAACCUCACUUGCAACCCAGGCAUCAAGCGCAGCCCCACGUACAGAUGAGACACCCUUCGCAACACCAACUCCAGUCUCCGUACAGACCACAACCCAGACAGUCUCUCUCCCAGCCUAGGCCAGCCCAGUCCCAAGCACAACCACACUUUCAGCGGAUUCAAACACAGCUGUGCCCUCAGCCUCACCCUCAGCUCAACAGGCCCCAUGUGCAGCACCUCUCAUCCCACCGGUCAUCUCCCAGCCUAACCAGGACCAAUCUGGUCCCUGCUCAGCAGAACCAGAGUGAACAGCCCCAAGAUUUGAGCACGACGCGGCCUGGCCGAGGCAGCCUGCCACCGAGCCGAGAUGUCAGUGUGGAAGAUGUCAGGGUGGAGGGGAGAGGGGAGUCAGCCGUGACAUCGGAAAGCAGAGAGGUUUUAGGAGGAGAAAGAGGAUCAAACAGCACCUCCAGGCCUCCCAGCUCCAUGCCUACUGGACCUCCUGGAGUAGCCGGGGCCAGUGUCGGCCUUGUCCCUGGGGCAGACGGUAGGGCCAGGCUCCGGGCAGAGCCAGAGGCAGCAGGUGAGGGCAGGGAGCUCAGAGACAUCGUCCCCCAGUCCGCCGUCCCGUGCCCCAGCCGAGAGGAAACCGUAGAGUCACGGACUGCCGUCAGCGAAAGAGUCAGCUGAUUGGUUGGGCCAGUGAACAGGCUGACUGAUCGGUAGACUGACGGACUGAGUCAGCACCAGGUGGAAGACGAGUGUAACUGGGCUGUUCAUGGAGGUUUAAUGUUUUUACACUGUUUUCAGAUAGAAGGAUAGCGUCACACAGAGCUGGUAGGACUGUUGCAGCUUCUGCUCCGUCUGAUUCUGUCUGGAGACUCUGUAAAGUUCCGGAUUAGAGAACUGACCCGGACAGCUGGAGAGGAGAACGGAUGGUGUCUUUUUCUAGGAAAAACAAACGAAAAGGAAAAACCGAUAAAAAAGUGUGUGUGUAUAUAUAAUCAAAAGGCAGCUGUUGUGUCCCGCUAGUCUCCGUGGGGAGGGGGGGAGUAGUUUGGAACUAAAAACCGACGCUUAACAACACAUUACUCUGAACAAAACGUUGCUUCCGGAAUAUAACCUGGUUUUUUUUUUUCAAAUUUUUUAUUUUGAUAGUUUAUUGUUUUGUCUCUGUUAUACAGCUUUAAACUCUGAUAUUAUUGACUGACGGUCCCUUACUCAUCGCCUUGCUGCUGACUGACAGUCCCUUAUUUAAAGUCCUGUUCUUAACUGACGGUCUCUCACUAAAAGUCCUCCUAUUGACUGACAGUCCCUCACUGAAACUAGUCCUUGACUGAAAGCCUCAGAGGUGAUGUGGGGCGGCGGUUUGCACCUUAAACUGGUUUCUUGAAAAUCUCACAAUUGUUUUCCUCCUCAUUUUCCAUUAAACCUACAACAAGCAAAGGGGGGGGGUCAGUAAUGUUUUCCAUCCACUUCCAGACUGCCCCCAGGUACAGGUAGCCAAUCUGUUUGUAUCAAAUCCAUGACUCUACAUAGACCUCAUUCUGAAUGGAGUCUUUGAAACCCAUUAUCGUUUGAAAUAUUUGAUGAACUUGAGGAGUUCUCGAUUCGUCCUGUCAGACACUGAAACCUGAACAACAGAUGAGUCAGUUGUUUGAUAAGAAAACCUCCAGCACUCCUCAUUUGUCUUUCAAGUAUUUCAAGCGACGUGUUCUUCCAGUUUAGAGAUUCUUCCAUACUGGUCUUCAUUGAUUCUGUUGGUAUUCUGUUUGGUAGUCUUUUUGUUUCCAAAGGAAGCACUUUUAAUAUCAAACCAAACCCACUUUUACAGUAGCUUUAUUUUAGUUUUUAGUCUUAAUGAAAGAGUGGGAGAUGGACUCACUGUUUAUUGUUUCUUCGUGUUGAAUGUCUGGAACAGUUUGCACUCCUCCAGUUUGUACAAUCAACCGCCUGCAUGUCGCUCAGAGACCCUGCAGGCAUUCAGCUGGAGACACGUACGCAGGGGUCGACCUCGUCGAGGUUUUACUGUCCAUCGUGUUGGUGUUCUGCAGAAGUAAAACCUUGAACGAGGUCUGGUUCAGGUUCAUACGGAGUCAGAUGGGCUGGAGACGGCAACGCAAAACUAUUAAUUGAGCAGAAAACUAACUUUGAGUCUGUAAGUCCAGAUUUGAGAGCGUGAAGGAGAGAUUCACGAGCGCAGAACAAGUCAAGACAAGUGCGGCCGAUAUUCAAAGCUGGAGUUAGUGAGCGCAGGACUCGUGUUCUUAACUGCUCUCACUUUCAGUAGCUGGCAAACACAAUAAUACAGAGCAGGUGCCAUCGGAAUAAAAAACUAGGGAAUAGUGUGAAGAAAAAGCAACAUGGCCACAGUUACAGGUACUGGCAGGAUCAGGAAGUCCUCAUGAAAGGUUUCAUCUGUUUCAUGUUCGAAUGGAGCAGAGAAACGCGGUUCUCGUGCUGCGCUCCUGGCUGCUCGGCGCAGGACAGGGAUGUUAGCUCGCAGUGGAUUGGUGAACAUGUGAAUAUGUUUCUGCCUGGUCAGUGACAUGAGGUCAGUUUGUUACUGUUCAGCUCUGCAAAGCCACAAAACACGUCUUUAGUCUUUUAGUAGCAGUACCAAGAGUGACCACUGACAACGACGCACCACUUCUGUUAACUCAUCCACGAGUGGAAGCCAGAGCGGAUCAUCUCAGGGUGUUUCCAGUCCUGUAGGUGGUUUGUUCUGGUCUGAACCUGUGGAUGAGUUGAUGAACACUUCUCAGUCACACGAACAAAGUCCUAAAGAAGCUCCCACCGGCCUCAGGUCACUGGUAUCCUGGGAGUAUACACCUGAGUUUGAUUUAAAUCUGCUGCUGCCCCCACUGGCCAUGUGUUGAACUGCAUUUUGUGAUGUGUAUUGUUCAGUUAUGAGGAUGUGCAAAACCAAUACUGGACCACGUUCACAACACAAGCUGCAGAAUUGAUUUGGGGCUGGAUUGAGGCUACAUCCUCUUAAGAGCUGGAGUACGACUGCUGAGUUCAGCCCAAACAAACGGUACCAACCGGACUGAGCAGGUCUGAAAGUUCCCUUCAGCCUGAGAGACUCGGCUGGAUUCUGGGGCAAAACAUGAGAUGAUUUUGCUUCCACACAUUUAAACAGUCUGUUUGGUUCAGUUCUUCUUCUGCUGCUUCUUGCUCAGAUGACUCAAAGGCCCCGCCUAGUGGCAAAAACCAUGUAGCACACCCACAAACAUCAGAGCUUAAACAAAGAAACUGAACCUUAGUCAGAAAAACGUGGCAGAAACAUUACGACAGAAACGCUGCAGAUAUUUAGACAAUGAAACUGCAAAUUAAAGUAAAUUACACUAAAACAGCUGGAGCAACAGGAAACAGUCUCCGUGGUUAUGGAAUUCAUCCAGAAUCCGUUUUCUCAGCAGCAACAUCUUUCCAUGAACGUGAAGCUCUGUGAUUGGUGGUCUGUUGGUGAAAUGCAUGUUGGGAGUCGUAGUUGACUUCUCUCAGUUUUUCUGUAGCUCUGACAUGGAUUUCCUUGUGACGUUCGUGUGUGAGGAACGUGAGGAAAGCCGCCGUUAGCUCCUCGGCUCAGGCGUGUUCUGCGUGUCUGAAUCUCUCUCGGAUCUGAACUUACAGCUUCUGUUUGAAUGUUAACGCUCAGUCGUUCUGAUAUCAGUAAACUUUACUCUGCACCUUAGUCUCUGAUUUCUCUGUGUGGGGGGGUUGGGGGGGGGGCUCCAGCACUUUAGCAAUGACAUUGGAAAAUUGAGCUUUUCACCCACAACCAGAAAAAAGUGAAUGUCUUCAUCCUGGAUAAAAUAAAUGUGCCUCGUUCUUUAAAGUUCUCGUCCAGUCACCUUUUUGCAUCAUGAUGACCUCAUACAGGUGACACUGUUUCUAUCCACCUGAGCCUCCUCCCCCCUGCGUACGCGGCGCUCCGCCUGCUGCCCAGUCUGCUCAGAGCAGUGAACCUGUUAGCAUGCAGUCUCUCACGCAGCUGCAGAAAUCAAACAUCCCUCUGUGAACGGACUCACUCCACAGGACUCGACCCGGCACAAACUACAGUAACCAGCCACCAUAUUGCAUGUUCCAGAGUUUAGUGCCUAUAAUAUUGUGCGUCUUGCCAGAAGCCACCAUGUCAGCCAAGCCAUGUUGUGUUUCUAGACUUAGUAGUGAUGUGUGUGGUGACUUCAUAGUUGCUAAUAUUGAGGAUGAAUAUUCUGCUUUUACUCUGGUUGGAAUUCAGUGGAAACUCCAAUACACUGUCGCUGUAGACAAAACUAGUUUUUACCUGUUUUCUUAUUUUUCUUUCUAACUAAAAGCGUUUGUUGUCCCCUGA